UUGGAGAACAAAGUAGCAGGGAUGGCAUUUAUCAACAACAGCUAAUUACAGGGCAUCAAGUACUUCGGGUAGAAGUGGAAGGCUUCUUAAAUCAGAAAUUUCCAAAGCAAGUUUUCAAAGAAAAAUGGACACCAAAGGCAAAGUUAUUAAGUGCAAAGCAGCCAUUGCCUGGGAAGCAGGCAAACCCCUUUGCAUUGAAGAGGUUGAGGUAGCCCCCCCCAAGGCUCAUGAAGUUCGCAUAAAGGUGGUUGCCACUUCCCUGUGCCAAACCGAUGCCCAUAUUAUCGAUCCUAAAUUUAAGGCAACUUUGUUUCCAAUAAUCCUUGGCCAUGAGGGUGCAGGAAUUGUGGAAAGUAUAGGACCAGGAGUGACCAACUUCAAACCAGGUGACAAAGUAAUUCCACUCUACGCACCUCAAUGUAAAAAAUGCAAGUUCUGUCUGAGUCCACUCACAAAUUUAUGUGAAAAACUCAGCAAAGUGAAAGAUCCUGUUGCUGACCAAGAAUUAAUGGAAGACAGAACCAGCAGGUUUACCUGCAAAGGAAAACCCAUUUACCAUUUUAUGGGAGUCAGUACAUUCUCUCAGUACACGGUGGUAUCAGAUUUUAAACUUGCCAAAAUAGAUGAUGAUGCAAAUUUAGAGAGAGUCUGUCUGAUUGGAUGUGGAUUUUCAACUGGCUACGGGGCUGCCAUCAACACUGCCAAGGUCAGCCCUGGUUCUACUUGUGCUGUCUUUGGCCUAGGAGGUGUUGGUCUUUCUGCUAUAAUGGGUUGUAAAGCAGCAGGAGCUUCAAGAAUCAUAGCUGUGGACAUCAACAGUGAGAAGUUUACAAAGGCCAAAGCUCUGGGAGCCACUGACUGCCUCAAUCCUAGAGACCUAGAUAAACCCAUCCAGAAGGUGAUAACUGAGCUGACCAAUGGCGGUGUGGAUUUUGCCCUUGACUGUGCAGGUGGAUCCGAAGCCAUGAAAGCAGCUCUGGAAUGCACUACAAUAGGCUGGGGAUCAUGUACGUUCAUUGGAGUAGGCGUUGGUGACAAUGGAUUGAAUAUUUUCCCAGUGGAUGUAAUAAUGGGCCGUACUAUAAAUGGAACAUACUUUGGUGGUUGGAAAAGUGUCGAUUCUGUCCCAAAGCUGGUUACUGACUACAAGAAUAAGAAGUUCAAUUUGGAUGCAUUGGUGACCCAUACCCUGCCUUUUGAAAGAAUUCAUCAAGUAUUUGACCUAAUGAACCAAGGAAAAUGCAUCCGAGUUAUCAUAACCAUGUGAAGAUCCCAAGAGCAAAGUGGAAUACUAUCUGAUUAAAUCUUAACCUGUCUGGUUAAUUUAUUACUUGAUAUGAUGAGUCAAAAGAUAUGUUUCAACAAAUAUUUACAACUGAUAUCUCAACAUAAAAUAACUAUGACUAUUACAGCAAUUCUAUCCAUAAAGCAUGUUAAUAUUUCCCAUGUUAAACAACUAUGAUAGCAGAAGUAUUUAUGAAUAGAAUUAUAUGUUUCUGUGUCAAAAUAAACCAAAAACUAUUGCUUUUGAAUAAACUGCUAAUCUCCUUUUUAA